UAAUUGUGUGCGCGCCGGCAAAGAGUUUAGAAGCAAGCGCGUCGCUAGUGCUUAAAUUUAAUAAUAAAAACAAUGCAAUUGUUCAAAUCAAACACAAUAAGUACACAACAAAAUGCCAGUGCUUAACAACAAUUUACAACAACAAAUUAAGGAUAAUCAGCAAAAUGUGCUGGGCGUCAAGCAAAUGUUGCCCAGCAUUAAUGAACUGGAAAAGGAGCAAGAGCAAGAGCAGGAGCCCGCUGAGGAGUACAAGCAAAGCUUUGAGGCGGGUUUGACUCUGACCACGCAGCAGCAGCAGCAGCUAAAUAGCACCUUCAAAGAGACUGAAUCCUCGCCAGCAGCGAGCAGCUUCAUCAGCAAACAACCGUCCAAUAGCAGCAAGCAUUUUGAAAACACCAUCAAGCUGCUGGGCAAGCAGCUCGAGAGCAAUUGUCAGCGCCAGGCGGACAAGUUGCAACAGCUGGACCAAACCAUGGAUAGUUUGGAUAGUCUUAACAGCUCCUGUGCCUCCAUGUCUGCCAUUGUGCAUGGCACAGAGCCUGCGCCCACGCGCCUAGAACUCGAACUGGAGGCUGUGGAUCGUAUGCGCUGCAUUGUGCAACAAAUGAAGCACGACAACAGAGCAACAACAAUAACAACAACCGAUGCUGUUUGCGUGGGUGCGACGGCGCCUUUUCUUGCGCUGCUACAUGACUUUGCUGCCAAGGGAUACAAUCAAAGCAAGACGCCACACCAGCUACGCCCACCUCGAGUCCCAUCAUAGGCGCUCUGUCCGAGCA